CCUCGGUGCCCGGCAGCGGGUGCACCACGAAGUGAAUCGAGCACUUGUCAGAGGUGAUGGGAUGGAAGCUGAUGGUCAGUAUCCUUGUUGGGAAUUGUGGGCAGCCACACCGAGGCAACAUUGUGUAUGAACUGCAUGCAAGUCACGCUCCCCGUGGCUCUGCUGCCCAGGCACUGUGCUCGUCUCCCUGCCGUGUCCAGCCCCCAGCGUGUCCUGCUGCCGUGGGCUCCCCCAGGCCACGGCUGGGAGCUGCAGCAGGGGCUGCAGUUGUGCAUGAGCCGGCUGUGGUUCCCGUGGUGACAGUAGAACCAGAACCGUGGUGUCCUGGACCCGUGAUGUCACAGAGGCGCUGCUGGAAGGCUUCAGUAACAGCUGCGCCUUUGCCCCGCACACACCACCGCAUGAACAUCUCGGGGCAUUCAAGUUUACUCCUGCCCUGACACACCUACAGCAUAACAAUGUCACUCCACUGUCACCUUCGGGAAGCCACCAUGAGGAACCUGAGGCACAUACAGAGGCAGAUGAAGAUGUUGGACAUGCGCCUGCAGCUGAUCCGUGACAGGCUGUGUGUAGCCCGCCUGCAAAGGUGUGCCCUUCCCUGCUGCUGCCUGCACCACUGCCGGCACCUGGCGAGAAAGGCCCUCUGCGCAAGGCUGGAUCUGGAGCGACGGCUGGACAGAAUCAGAAGACUUGGCAUGAUGUUGAGCUCAUCCUGUUGUCCAAGUCCUUUGGCUUUGAUCGAUGUGAAGGGUUUUGACCCCAGGGACGUCACUGUAACGAUGAAAGACGGGAAGGUGACGGUGUCGGCAGAGCGCAAGGAGGAGUGCAACACCUGCAUGGGAAGGACAUCUAGCUACAGAAAAUACAUGAAGGAAUUCUGCCUGCCACCGGCGGGGUGCGAGAAGGAGGUGACCUACUCAGUGAAAUCCGACAGCCUCACGGAGAUCGUGGCAGAACCAAAGUGCUGCACUUAUCUCUGCAACUGCUGAGCUGCAGCAGGACAGAACCCAGCUACAGCCUCAGCUUCAGCCCUCUCCCCAUCGGCUUUAGGUGUGUUCCAA